UAUUUCUAGUUGCCUUUACAGGACUUUAUGUGGUGAAGAAACAUUUUAUGAGAAUCUACAAACAUGUCGGGAACCUGUGGUAAACUACAGUAAUAUUUUUAUGAAGGAAUUCACAUGGGAGGGGGUAAACACUUUCUGAGAAUCUACAAACAUGUUGGGAGCCUGUUGUAAACAACAUUUUGAUGAAGGUCUUCAAUCCUGCUCCUGGUGACCCACUUUCCUGCAGAGUUUUGCUCCAACCCUAAUCAAACAUACCUGAACCAGAUAAUCAAGUAAAUCAGUGUUUCUGUGAAUGAAUCAUGAAUGAGAAAGAAACAUUCAGUGAUGAAGAUUCUCCAGGAUGCAGUCAAUUCCAGACGGAGAAAUUAAACUCACUGGAGUCCAGCUGUGUGUCCUUGAAGAGUGAUGGGUCUAUGAGAGAGCCAAUAAAAUUUAGGGGUGAACACAAAUCAACUGAUCUGAGUCAAUUCCACAGGGAGGGAUGCAGUGAUGGAUCUAUGAGAGAGCCAGUAAAAUUUAAACAUGCAUCAACUGAUUUGAGAUUCAAAUCAAAUCUGCUGAAGAAGUUUCAGUGUCUGUAUGAAGGAACAGAAAAGCAGGAAAACCCAACACUCCUGAAUGAGAUCUACACAGAGCUCUACAUCACAGAGAGUGAAAAUGGAGAGAUCAGUAAUGAGCAUGAGGUGAGACAGAUUGAGACACAAUCAAGGACAGUGGCAACAGAAGACACACCAAUCAAAUGCAAUGACAUCUUUAGACCUUUACCUGGACAAGACAAAGCCAUCAGAACUGUGCUGACAAAGGGAGUCGCUGGCAUUGGAAAAACAGUCUCUGUGCAGAAGUUCAUUGUGGACUGGGCUGAAGGGAAAGAGAAUCAGGACAUCCAGCUCAUAUUUCCACUUCCUUUCAGAGAGCUCAACUUGAUGAAGGAUGAAACACUCAGUUUUUCAAAUCUUCUUCAUGUCUUUUUCCCUGAAACCAAAGAAAUAGAAAUAUCUAGUGAUGAAUAUAAAGUGUUGUUUAUCUUUGAUGGUCUAGAUGAGUGUCGUCUGUCUGAUUUUCAAAGUGAUGUGAGGUUGUGUGAUGUAAGUGAAUCAGCCUCAGUGGAUGUGCUGCUGAUGAACCUCAUUGUGGGGAAUCUGCUUCCCUCUGCUCUCAUCUGGAUCACCUCCAGACCAGCAGCAGCUGAUCUCAUUCCCUCUGAGUGUGUCCAUCGAGGAACAGAGGUACGAGGCUUCAAUGAUCCACAGAAGGAGGAAUACUUCAGGAAGAGAAUCAGUGAUCAGAGUCUGGCCAAUACAAUCAUCACACACCUGAAGUCAUCAAGGAGCCUCUACAUCAUGUGCCACAUCCCAGUGUUCUGCUGGAUCUCAGCCACUGUUCUAGAGAAGAUGUUGAGUGAAGCAGAGAGUGGAGAGAUUCCCAAGACUCUCACUCAGAUGUACACACACUUCCUGAUCCUUCAGACCAGCAUCAAACAUGACAAGGACUAUGAAAGGAAAGUCAAAGAUGAAAAUAUGAUUGCCAAACUGGGCAAACUGGCUUUCCAGCAGCUUGUGAAAGGCAACCUGAUCUUCUAUGAGGAAGACUUGAGAGAGUGUGGCAUUGAUGAGACAGAAGCAUCAGUGUACUCAGGAUUGUGUACUCAGAUCUUCAGAGAGGAGUUUGGCUUGUAUCAGGGAAAAGUCUUCUGCUUUGUUCAUCUGAGCAUCCAGGAACAUUUAGCAGCUUUAUAUGCACAUCUGUCCCUUAUGACAAAAAACAGAAAUGUGUUUAUUACACUGUCUUCUAGUCCUUUGAAGCAUUUAAAGAAGGCUUUACAUGUUUCAUUAUCUGAGCUGCAUCAGAGAGCUGUGAAAAAGGCCUUCAAGAGUAAGAAUGGACAUUUGGAUCUUUUCCUGCGUUUUCUUCUGGGUCUCUCAUUGGAGUCCAAUCAGACUCUCUUACAAGAACUACUGACACAGACAGGAAGUUGUUCCUACAACAAAGAUGAAACAGUUGAGUACAUCAAACAGAAGAUUAGAAAGAAUCGCUGUCCAGAGAGAUCCAUCAAUCUGUUCCACUGUCUGAAUGAACUGGGUGAUGAUUCACUGAUGCAGGAGAUCCAAGAUUUUUUGACAUCUGGAAAAAUAACAGAAACCAAACUCUCCUCUUCACAGUGGUCAGCUCUGGUUUAUGUGUUGCUGACAUCAGAGCAAAAGAUGGAUGUUUUCAAACUAAAACUGUUUAUUGGAUCCCAAAAUACAGCAGACAAAGUUCUUCAGAAGCUGCAGCCUGUGGUUAAAGAGUCUAAAUCAGUUCAGUUGAUGGAUUGUGGUGUUACAGAUGAAGGUUGUGCUGCUCUGGCUUCAGUUCUGAGAUCAAACCCCUCACACAUGAGAAAUAUGAAUCUGUCACUGAAUAAACUAGGAGCAUCAGGAGUGAAUGUGCUCUCUGAUGGACUGAAGGAUCCUCACUGUAAACUUGAAAAACUGAGGUUGGGUAAAUGUGGUGUCACAGAUGAAGGUUGUGCUGCUCUGGCUUCAGCUCUGAGAUCAAACCCAUCACAUCUGAGAGAACUGGAUCUGUCAUUGAAUAAACUAGGAGACUCGGGUCUGAAUCUGCUCUCUGAUGGAUUGAAGGAUCCUCACUGUACACUGGAAAUACUGCGGUUGAGUGAUUGUGGUGUCACAGAUGAAGGUUGUGCUGCUCUGGCUUCAGCUCUGAGAUCAAACCCCUCACACCUGAGACUACUAGAUCUGUCUUUGAAUAAAUUAGAAGCGUCAGGACUGAAUCUGCUCUCUGAUCUUCUGAAGGAUCUUCACUGUAAACUGGAGAUACUGUGGUUAAGGUAUUGUGGAGUCACAGAUGAAGGUUGUGCUGCUCUGGCUUCAGCUCUGAGAUCAAACCCCUCACACCUGAGACAACUGGAUCUGUCUGGAAAUGAGCUAGGAGUUUUAGAACUGAAUCUGCUUUCUGCUGGACUGAAAGAUCCUGUCUGUAAACUGAGGAUACUGUGGUUGAGUGAUUGUGGUGUCACAUAUGAAGGUUGUGCUGCUCUGGCUUCAGCUCUGAGAUCAAACCCCUCACACCUGAGAGAACUGGAUCUGACUGGAAAUAAAUUAAGACACUCAGAUGUGAAGCUUCUCUCUGAUCUGAAGGAUAAUCCACAUUAUAAAUUGGAAACGGUUAAGUUUUAGAUGUUAGUCUGACCUUCUCUGGAUCAGCUGAUGGUGAAUAAAGAGCCACUACAGACAGACAUCAUUUUCAACAGAAUCAAAAGACACAAACCCAUUGUCAUCAUCACAAACGCAUGUGUAACUUUACAGAAUGAAAUGUAGCUAGUAAGGAGUCUAAACUGCACUUUUAAGCCUGUUAAGAUAGGUUAGUUCAUUUUUUUGCUAGUUUAUCUAGUUGAUACUUUUUAGACUUUGAGCUGUUAAUGGAGGAGGUGAACUAAGCAGUAAAGCAAUCGGUGAGGUAGUGAGGAACUAAAGCAGCAGCAAAAGACCUACUCAGGUUUACACAUAUCCACAGAGCAAAGUCAAGCACUGCAAUGCUAUGUUAGCCAUUGUCAGAUGGAAGAACUGUUGUUACCUACUGUAUGUUCUCUCCUUCACCACAGCCCGCCACUGUCUUUCACUUUAUCCUACUGUAACUUUUUGCUGCUUUUGACACCAGAUCCACCCUUUCUGAUUUGGUGGUUUCAAUGCAAUUACGUAAAAUAUUACUUUUGUUUUUUGUUUGUUUGUUUUUUUUUGUUUGUUUUUUUUUGUUUUUGUUUUUUUUUUUUUAAAGUAACUAGUAAAGUAACAUAUUACUUUAGAAUUUCUAAGACAAUAUCUGAGUUACUUUUUCAAAUAAGUAAUGCCAUUUAUUUUUUUCCCCAUUUAUUGAUCGACAAAUUGUCAGGAAAUUGGGAGUAAACAUGAUGUUACUGUAUUCUAGACUAAAUGUGAACAUGCAUUAAUUCAUCUCACUCACAAAAAACAGAUUCAGUAUUCCUCAGAAUGAAUAAAAACAGUGAAAUGCAAAC